AAAAGAGAAGAGAAAAAAGCAAAAACAUACGGCAGCUGGGAUUCGCUAGUGGUCACCCACCUAACUACUAAUCAGCCGGUUCGAGGCUUGUGUAUGGCAGAGCGGACGGGAUGCCCAAUUUUCCUCGACCUAUGGUCGUAUGUGCUUAAUUCAAUUU